AUGUUUUUACCCCCAUACCCGAAACCUCCAGACCCAUACAGCUUCGCAAUCGAUAUGAUGCUGGGCUAUACCUACCGCGUCGCCGCAUCUCUAGUUCGCCAUCUGGUCCCAAAUAUGCUAGAGCUCGAGGAUGAGCCUCUCAUGUCAACCAUAGUGCUCGACUACGGAAUGAGUUCUUUCAUGUACAGUCUCAUCUUGAUCCUCGACAACGAGGCAGCCAUAUUUGCAGGACGUGAGCAGUACGGCUUUCCCAAAGUCUUUGGCAAGGCCGAUAUUCAGACGACAAACGGUACCCGGCUGGUUCUGGCAAAUGCGCAGAGGCCGGCAGGACGAACUCUUUUCGAGUGCGAAUUCAUCCCCGAUCAUCGUAUUCCCAGUUUGCGUGCCGCAGACAAAUGGGGGCUCAAUCUUCGUAGUAUUCCACAGCCGUGUGUGGGAACAUCACCGGCGAUUCAAGAGCUGAUUCCUACGAUCAUGGACUGGAAAUUUCGCGAGAUCUGGGCUGGCCAUGGUCACAUUACUUUUCCGCGCCGCUCUGCAUUUGAUAGCUAUGACCCAUAA